AUGUUCUUAUUUAUUUUCUGGGUCUUGAAAAGGGUUCGUGAAGGCAGACUGUUUGGUUUCAAAAAGGUUAGUUCUACUGAACCAGAGAAGAAAACGCCAUUGUCGACUAGCUGCACUUUAAAAAAUCUUGUUCUUGAUCAAGAAAACUUGUACAGAGCCUAUGGCAAUGGCUUCUGUGAGUUUGUUAGUCAUCCGAGUCCUGUGGUUUUUUCGUCGGCAAGGCCCGUUAGUGAGCUCAAUGCAGCAGCUCUUAGGAUUCAGAAAUUCUACAAGAGCUAUAGAACUCGACGCAACCUUGCAGAUUGUGCUGUUGUCGUUGAAGAAUUAUGGUGGAAAGCUUUGGACUUUGCAGCUUUAAAGCGGAGUUCCGUGUCGUUUUUCUGCAACAACAAGCCCGAGAGCGCAGUCUCGCGAUGGGGCCGAGCUCGUACCAGAGUUGCAAAGGUCGGGAAAGGCCUGUCUAAAGACAAAAAUGCUCAAAAACUAGCCAUUUGUCACUGGCUCGAAGCAAUUGAUCCACGCCAUCGUUAUGGUCACAAUUUGCAGUUAUACUACAAGGUUUGGUUUACUAGCCAAAGCUCACAACCUUUCUUUUAUUGGUUGGAUGUUGGAGAUGGUAAAGAAGUAAUUGUAGAAAGAUGUCCCAGAAACGUAUUACAUUAUCAAUGCAUAAAAUAUCUUGGACCUAAAGAGAGGGAAGAGUACCAAGUGAUUAUCGAAAACGGGAAGUUGAUGUACAAACAAAACCGAAGAUUAGUGAAAACCAUCGAUGGAACUAAAUGGAUCUUUGUACUUAGUACAUCAAGAAUAUUGUACGUUGGUCAAAAGGAAAAGGGUCGAUUUCAACAUUCUAGUUUUCUAGCCGGAGGAGCCACUACUGCUGCCGGGAGGAUGGUUGUUCAUGAUGGAGUCCUUGAGGCUAUAUGGCCCUACAGUGGUCAUUAUCACCCAACGGAAGAAAACUUCAAGGAGUUCAUUUGUUUUCUUGAACAACAUCAAGUGGAUUUGACUAAUGUCAAGAAAUGUCCUCUAGAUGACGAUGAUCCAUUUCUCAAUGUUACAUGCAAAGAGAAGUCCAAGUCUAAUAAAACACGUGGAAAUCCACCAGUAAAAAUCCAACCUUUAAAUGAAAAUGCCAAAUAUCGUUGCGAGAAAAUGGGAUUACAAGAACAAAGAAACGUCAAAUCCCCAAAAUGGACAUCGGGGGUAGGUCCGAGGAUCGGGUGUGUAAGAGAAUACCCAACAAAACUACAAUUUCAAGCACUUGAACAAGUCAAUCUGUCACCAAGAAAAGUUUGUUCAAUGUUUUCUAGCAAUUGUCCAAUUCCUUCCCCACGACCAAGUCCUCGUGUGCACCUUUCACCAAGACUUGCUAACAUGAGCUGA